AUGGAUUCACAUCACAACGUCCUUAUUCUCCCCUUCAUUAUGCCGCUUCUGCUUCUAUGGUUGAUCAUCACUUUGAGAGUCGCAGCCAGUAAUGAAGAAGGAGUUUUCAACGUGAUGAAUUAUGACGCAAAAGCAGAUGCCAAAGUCGAUGACUCCAAGGCGUUUUUGAGCGCAUGGAGCGCAGCGUGUUCGUAUUCACAAGGUGAGAGUACGAUGUUGAUUCCGGAAGGGUCAUACUUGGUCGGUCCGUUGACGUUCAAAGGGCAGUGCGCCGGAAAAGUAAAGUUCCAACUGAACGGGAAUUUGCUAGCGAGCACCAAUAUCGAUGACUUCGCGCCAGAGAAUGCGAACGGUACUAUGAAGAAUUGGGUCGAAUUCAAGUACGUCGACGGACUGAACAUCACCGGCGGCGGCGUCCUCGACGGGCAAGGCGCUUCGGCCUGGCCUUACAACAACUGCACAGUAGAAAAGCACUGCACAAGGCUCCCCAUUACGUUGGUGUUGAGCUUCGUGACGAGCGGGAGCGUUUCCGGCAUUUCUUCGAUCGACAGCAAGUUCUUCCACAUGGUUGUAUACGGGUGCAAGGAGAUGACGAUCGAUUCCGUGACGAUCAGAGCUCCCCAUGACAGCCCCAACACAGACGGCAUCCACAUCGGCGCCUCCUCCGUCGUCAGCGUGCUGAGCUCGACGAUCGGCACGGGAGACGACUGCAUCUCCAUCGGGCCAGACGUCACGAACGUGACCAUCACCAACGUGACCUGCGGCCCGGGCCACGGCAUCAGCGUGGGCAGCCUCGGCCAAGGCUUGAACGACAAGCACGUGGAGGGCUUGACAGUGACCAAGUGCACCUUCAAUCGCUCCGACAAUGGAGUGAGGAUCAAGACAUGGCAGACGUCUGUAUCCUCACCCAUUGCCGCUCACUUCCUCUUUCAGGAUAUGACCAUGAUAAACGUUCGAAAUCCAAUCAUAAUCGACCAAAGAUACUGCCCGAACUCUCAUUGUAACGCCACGGAGCCUUCUAAAGUUCAGAUCAAGGACGUGAAAUUUAGAGACUUCAGAGGGACAUCAAGCUCAAAAGCAGCCAUUAGUCUCGUGUGCAGUGAAUGGUAUCCCUGCCAAGAUAUUGAGCUAUCCAAUAUCGCGUUGGAUUAUAACGGUCCCAACCCAGAUAUUAAAAAUGCAACGUCGAUUUGUGUCAAUGCUCAAGGCACAAGCUUUGGCACUAUGAAUCCUAAAUCUUGUUUGACACCUCCUCAAUCCUCUAGCCAUCUUCCUAAUUCCCAUAGAAAAUAUUCGCAGCGGCCGUUUUGCCUCGCCAACAGUCGCUGCCUCGAGAGGCGGAGGCCGUUUUGCGUGAUGCUGCUCUCCGCCUCGCGAGCGGCCGCCACGCGAGUGGUCGGUGCUCACUGCCUCGCCAGGUUGCCGUCGGGAGGAUCAGUAAAUUUUCAUUCUCUGUUCCUUGUUCCUGUUCUCGUUCCUAUUAUUCUUGUUAGAUAUAAUGAAGAUGAUUGA